AUGGAGGCAGCUAGCUACCAUUCUGCUUGCUCCCCAUUUCAUGCUCAUUUUCGCCAAGAUGCAUUUAGUUCCAGACCCAGGAAGAUAAAUGGAUGUGUUCAAGUGUGUGUAAAGACAGAAAAGUUGUCCGAGCGAGGUGGAAAGAAAGCUAAUCUGGGUGCCAGAAAGAAGGAGAGAAUUAAGCUUCCUAAUUAUGGUGAUAGGGUUGGAGAAAAUGAAAAUUACCAUAUUAGUAAGUUCUUCAGUCAUCCAUCUGGAAUUGAAUCAAUUUUGAACACAAGUGCCUUGCAGAGUUAUCAAUUCCUCGAUUCCAAUUUGUAUAGGUGUGUUCUUCCACAAAUAAAAUUUCUCAGCUUUAGAGUUUCACCAGUGUUGGACUUACAAGUGAUUCCAACUAAUGAAGAUUGUGUAGUUGAGAUGUUGUCUUGCAAGUUUGAAGGUUCUAAGUUCAUGGAACGCCAAAACGAGAAGUUUUCAGCUUUUAUGAGGAACCACAUAAAAUGGGAGUCUGUUGGUGCUGAACAAUAUUUGGAUGUAGACGUGAAGUUAAAUCUCAUCCUUGAGAUUUACACCCGGCCAUUUACAUUGAUGCCCAUAUCAGCUGUUGAAGGUCCGGGAAAUAAAAUGAUGCAGACCUUAGUAGAUCAACUUGUACCUUUGCUCAUAAAACAGCUGCUGCAAGAUUACGAGGAAUGGAUUCAUCAACAAUGCAAAUGCCUCUAA